AUGCUGCGUCUAGCGUGGUGCUCAACGGCGGAUGCGGCAGCUUCCGCGAGACUCGCGGCAGCAGCAGCAGCAGCAGUCGCGCGUCAGCCGUACAAACGACCUUUCACCAUGAAUGUGAACGUCCCGUCGCGCACCAUGAUCUCUUCCGUCCCGCUCUCCGCGUCCCCUUCCGCAUCUCCCUCCGCAAUAACCGCGCGUUCUUGCACGCGCCCUCGCUAUAGAGAACCUUUGAGCUCCGCGAAUGUCGCGCGAGCCAGUGCGGGCCGCGUUAUCCAAUCCCAGAGCCUGCGCUUUCUUCCCGCCAGUGUGAGCUCUUCCGUAGCUCCGCCGUGUUGUGCGUAUUACACUCAGGCUAACUUCCCGAACGCGUACGCGCACCCACCGAUUAACAGUCACUCGGCAGCGUCACAUUCGCUACUGUCACCCUCGCCCGGCUCGUUGCUUCACGACCCCAGGAGCUACUUUCCGUUUGUGUCACCUUCGCACUCGCGGAGGCACACGGGAGGGCCCCGGGCGGAGCGCGGGGGGGAACCGCGGGGAUGGGGGGAUGAUCGGCGGAGAGGCAGGGCGGAAGACCGGCGCGGAUGGGGGGAGAGUCGGGGUUUCGCGCGAGAGGGGGAACACGCAUGGGGAGACGAUCCGCGGAGCCGCCAAGAGCCUUCUGAGAUUUUCCAAAGGCGCGGGAGCGCCGGCGGCGGCAGUCGAGCACCGCCGCCUUUUCGCGAGGAAGCGAGUCGUCCUGUAUCGGAGAUAGAUUUUGACGAGCGCGGCGUCGGGCGCGGCAGCCACUCGUUUUUUGCCACGUGUGCGCCGGGGCUAGAGGCGGUAGUUGCGGAGGAGCUCCAGUCGCGGCUGAUCGGCGCGUGGGACGUGGUUCCGGGAAAAGCGGGUGUGGCGUUUCAAGGCUCGACGGAAACUGCGUACAGGGUUCAGGGUUCCCUUACACACUUACUCAACCUUUUCCCCCUCCCCCGUUCGCCUUUUUCCCCCCUUUCUUCCCCCUCCCCACCUCCCCCCUUGCUCCCCUGCUUCCCUUCCCCCCUGUAUCCCUUCCCCCCCGCGCUCCCCUCCCCCGCGGCAUGCAUCGCGCGCAGGGCCAAUCUGUGGCUGCGCUGCGCGGUGCGCGUGCUGCACGAGGUGGCGGCGUGCGACCUGCGCGCGCGCUACGGCCGCGCGGACGGGGACUCGCUCUACCGCUUCAUGCGCGCCGCCGCGGAUUGGCCGAGCCUCUUAGCAGGCCCGGGGGAAAUCGGUGAGGGAGAGGCGAGGGAAGACGGGAGGAGGGGAGCAGCAGCAGGACGAGCAGUAGGCGGAGGAAACGUUUUCAGGCGCAAGCCAGUGACGUUUUCAGUGCAGAGCCGCGUGUGGGACUGCCCAGACAUCCGCACGUCUCAGCUAGCCUCCACGCGCGCUAAGGACGCCAUUUGCGACGCCAUGCGGGACGCUUAUAACGGCGGCACUCUCCUCAUAGAAGCAGCCCUCAUGGCUUGCCGCAUUGCCCCCGGCUCCUUCCGCUCUUCCUCCCAACAUCCCUCGCCUUCCUCCUUCCCUUCCUCUUCUUCCUCCUACUCCUCCUCCUCCGCCGCCUUCUCCUGGCCCUUCCACACGUGGCAUGACUUUGACGCCGCCACGUGGCGCGCCGUGAUUCGCGAGGCGGAGUCGCUCCGACGCACGCCGCCCGCAGGAGUGUCGUUUCACGGCAACGACAUCCAUGAGGGCGCGUUGGCGCUCUGCCAGCGCGACGCUGACAGGGCGGGCGUGGGGCGCUGGAUCAGGCUCAGUCAGGGGGACUGUGAGGAGUACGUGCCAGCUGUCGCGCCGUCGUUGGUCGUGGUGAACCCGCCGUGGGGCACGAGGCUGGGAGAGACAAGCGGCGAGGAGGGCCAAUGGCUGGCUGACACAUGGCACCGCCUGGGUGUGUUCCUGCGCCGGCAGUGCCGGGGAGCAGAGGCGUUUGUUCUGAGCGGUAACGCUGCGGUAACACAGAAGCUGUUUCUCAAGAUGUCACAGCGGUGGGCUGUGACGGUGGGAGGGAUAGAGUGCCGCGUGCUUCGAUACGUCAUGCUGCCACCACCAGCACCAGCAGCAGCAGCACCACCAGCACCAGCGGCAGCAGCAGCAGCAGCUGUAAAAGAAGAGAGAGAAGGGGAGAUGGGGAUGGAGUUGAAAGAUGCAGAGCGGACAGGCUAG